CACAGAUAAAGAUCAACCUUAUAGAGUUGGGCCAGAAUUUGUUAAAGUUCAGAAAAAAUGAAGAUGACUUUUAUAUAUGAAUUUAUAUGUGAGUUUGCGUGUGUGUGCAUGUACAAACUCUAGUUUUCGUCUGUGCUCCGAGCGUCUUGUUGGUACUGAGCCAUGAGUGUGAAAACACUCACUCUUUGUCACCAGUGUGUGUGAGCUGAUGUCAGCACUCACUCUGAAAACAUGUCUGGUGAAGCAGAACACACACACACACACACACACACACACACGUGAAUGAAACACAUACAGAAGAGUGUGCUGCUUAUCAGCAGAACAUGAGAUUAGCACUCAGAGAGAUGACGAUCAAAACCUGACUGUUGUGAUGGAGGUUGUUGUUUUUAGGGAAAAAAGAAUAGCAGAAAGAAAAAAACUAAGUUGGAAGUUCAGAAAGAUCAGAAUUUGAGUACAGAAUUUUUAAUUAUACAGACAGAUUGACGUAACAUGGAGGACAUUAGGGCCUGAAGGAUGACACGGGUGACAGAGUGGUUAUGACGGUCGUCAUUAAGUUGUCUGAAAUAUAUACUGUCUGACAGGAAACGAAUUGUUUUUCUUUUCAAAAUGAAACACCUAAUCCUGUAUUAUCAGAGACACAGUGAACUAAGAAUUAUUCUUUUUAAUUCAUAUACAACAUAGAGAGAUUGCGAACUAACGAUGCUAUAAGCGUAAACAUAGAAGAUUAGAGACAGGUUUUUGUAGACCAAUGCUGACAAAGUACAAUACUGUAAUUUAUGUUUCACAUACUGUAUGUAUUUUAAGAUAAGGUUAGUUGAUGUUGGUAUAUGAGUGGCCUCUAGGCUUUGAUCAAAUACAAUACAGGAAAUAAGACUCAUUCUCACGAUUUAAGGCAUCAUUGAAAACUUAAUGCUAAAAUAUUUUCUCAUGAAGAAAAAUCACUUCAUUCUUCAAAGCAGUACAAUUUAAUCAAUUGGAUGUGAAGCCAAGGUUUAUUUUGAAAUUCUCUGUCGGAAAUGAACGCGUAGAAUAUCAGAUUAACAUGACUGUGGUGUUGGCAUGCACACACACGGGGCGUGGUCAGUAGUGGUCAGUGUUGGACGGAGUUUCAGCAGCAGGAGACCCUUCCUCUUCACCCGUCUCCUAUCACUGCAUGCUGGGAUUGAUCUGCUCACCUCUUGCCUUCAUGUCCAAGUGUGUUCUGGUCCUGCAGCAGCUCAGAGGAAGCGCUCUCUGGCUCUCGAGCUCUUUACCGACCCGGAUUAUUAUUAUAACUGAUCCGGCCAAGAGUCACGUGAUGCGGCUGAAGUCUCCGGCGCUUGGCUCCUGUCAACGGAACUGAGGAGAAGGCAAUGCCGCAGAGUGCCGCCUGCAGGCGGGACUCUGAUGCGCUGGUGUCCGCUCUCUUGGAGUUGGAGCUCCGGCGGCAACGGCAGCAGCAUCGGGUCCAGGCCGCACUGAGGGAAGAAGAGGAGGAGAAGGAGGACCACAGUCCCCUGCUGACUUGUCUCAGCAGCACAGGCUCCACCUUCCUGUUUCAGCUGCAGGAACUAGAACGUCAGAUUAGCAACCUGCGUCUGGACGCCAGUUUUGAAACAGAAAGCCGACCCAGUUCAGGUUUUUAUGAGCUGAGCGACGUCUCUCUCUCGAACUCCUCGAACUCCGUCUUCAGUGAAUGUUCGGUACUAGAUGCAGAAGGACACCGUCUCUUCACAGAUGACGUCAUCAGCUGUUUGGACUGUGGUCUUCGAAAUGACUUAUCUUCUACGAUUUGUCGCUCGCUCUCUGCUCCUACUCCUCCAGCUCUGAGUGAUUCACCAUCCAAUGGUGAGUCAAACAGGUACCAGAGCCCGCUACACGCCUGGGCAGUCAAUCAGACUUCAGGUCACAGAUGUCCAGUCAGCGACGAGCCCUCCUCACUCCCUUUGGUACAUCAGUGCCUGCCCUUGAGUCAGGGUUCUCCAGGACCACGGUCCUUCCCCCAAACUCUGUGUCAAAAACGCCUGGACAUUUAUAUCAUCAGCCUGUUGCAGCGCAAAUCUCCACCCACGAGGAGCAGCUGCCCCAGAACCAGCAUCAGCGCAGAGGCAUCAAAGAAUGCCCUGCGGCAGGCCGGUCUCUGUGCAUGGCAGGUUUGUGGUCCUUCCCCAAAAUACAACCAGACUACACCUGUCAGGCAGAAGAUUUCUGCAGAGCAAACUCAGAACGGUACCAGUGGCAGAAAUGUCCAUGACGUGAGUGACCUGGCUCAGGUCCAGAAGAGUACUCUUUUUAACAAGGACAAACAAACGACCCAGACCCUGCUUCAGUCCUGCCCCCAGUCCAUCACCACGCUGCUCUGUCCUAAAAGUGACUCCUCUCACCUUGAGACGAAGCAACCAUGUUUCCCUCCUCUGCAGACGUCUGUUGAGCCUCCACCGAUUGUCAAAACACAAUCAGCGCUUUUGGCAAACAGCUUGGUGCAUCUACAAGGCAACUCAGGUAAACCUCCAUUACCAGGGCGGUAUUAUGAGGAAGGUCAAGAAGGUCAAAGAUUGAAGAGAAGCUCUAAAUAUGUUUCCACCCAGCGGCACAGCAGGAAGAAUGUCAAAAAUGUCAAGAGGAAGAACGUAGCCACAAAGAAGACAAGUGGACAGUGUGAUCAUGAAAGAAAAGAUGAAGUUCACCACAGCUUUGCCUCUAAAAAACCCCAGGCACUUGAUGACAAAGGUUCUGCUCACCAUCACCCUGUCACACCCUCCUCCUCCAGAACCAAACAGCGCCUUGUAUCUGUCCCUGAAGGUUGUGUCCAGGAGAGACACACAUCCAAACCCCACCGUCAUCAUCUCCAUCGUCAGGUGCGUGAGUCGCCUGCUGUUGUUGCCAAACCUAAACAUAAAUGUAAAGAUUAUCGACAAUUACGCGUCUACACUGGGAUUCCCAAUGAUGUGGCGUUCAGGGAGGCUCAGCAGCAGAGAAACAAGAAAUCCACGUGUGUGCCAAAAAGCCCGUAUGCGUACGUCACAGGAAGUGACUCAGAAUACUCUGCUGAAUGUGCAUCGCUCUUUCACUCCACUGUUGCAGACUCCAGUGAGGACGAGGUGUCCAACUUCACAGAGAACAGAUUAGGAGACAGCGAGUCCAGCGUGAGCGAUAGCACCACCUGCAGUGAUACUGAGGUGAACACAGAGAGCGGAGCUGGCUGUGAUACAACUGCAACCAGAAAACAGAGGGGCCAGUUGCGGGCAGCAAAGACCAAGGAGACAGGACAGGAUGUGUCCUCGACUCGGACAAAGUCCUUUGUCAGGAUUAAAGCGUCUCACAAUUUAAAGAGGAAAAUCUUGAGGCACAGAUCUGGUCCAUUCACACUCAUGACCACCAUGUGAGUGAACUUGUUUCCACAGCUCUCCAAAUGAUACGUCUAAAACUGGACCUGCAGUUUCCCUGGACUUGAGUGAGGUCAAUAUUUCUCCGAUUUUAGUCUUAGAUGUUACUAUUAGCUCCAAGCAGUGUAAGCUUGGAGCUAGUACUGAGCAGACUGUUCUUCUGGACCUAACACUAAACUGUCUACACUUCAAGUGCUAAUGCUAAACCUAACCUGCUACUUUGUGAGUAUUGUGCUAAGCUAACUACUCUCUAAGCUGAUUACUUUCCAAAAGUUAAUGGUAAACCUACUACUAAGCCCUUCACUUCUGUGGUUUUAUGCUUAGCCUAGCUUAGCUGCAGGUUUUUGUUUCAACCUAUUCAGAACACACUGACUGACCAAUCAGCUGUCUGAAGACUGAGCAGUUGAUUAAAAGAGCCAAGUCAGGUGUGCUGCUGCUUGGUUGGAACAAACCUGCAGCCACAGCUAGCCCACCCUGCUCUACCCUCUUUGUGGCUCAUUUAAAGCUUCCUACUCUCUUUUGGCUAAUUAUUAGUCAAUUACUCUCUAGGUGCUAAUACUCCACCCACUCUUUUUCUACUAUCCCUAUUGCUACAUUGAUUAUUUCCUUAAACUCAUGUAAAGCUAACUGCUUUCCCACUGGUGAUUUACCUGAUGAUUUGUGGUUUAUCUUGUGAUACAUCACUGAAUGGGCUUUUAAUACAACCGUGGCUGAUUAUGAACCUAAUUUUUCGGCUGUGACUGUUUCUUUGACCUUGUGUCACACUGCCUCCUUAAAGCUGAAGAAUGUCAAAUGUUUUACAUGUGUGGGAGCUUCCACAGGCCUCACAUAUCUGUAAUCAUUUAUGUUGUUUUUGAGAGUCACUUAAACUUAAUUCUCUGUCUCCUGAUGUCUAACAGAGCAUUGCUUUAGCUGCGUCUGUCCCUACUAUAACUUGAAUGAGCAGUGAGUUUAAAACUUUUAGUUCAUCUGUCCCAUCAUGCCUAGGUCAUGAAUGCACACUGGCUUAAAUGUUCGCCUGUGUAGCACCUGUACACUAGCGGUAAUCUUAGUGUGUACAUGAUCGAUUUCCAGACUGCAACUUUAAUAAGGAUGAUAUUGUCAGGAGUUUGAAUGUUUUGAAUGUUUGUGGAACACCAUUAACCUUACUUGGUUAGUAAUGUUUAACCACAUUUGCCUGUAAACAAACUUAUGAUCUGUUUAAAGGACUGUCUGACAUUAUUUACAUUUUUAGGUGCAAGGUGAAAUUAAAUCCAUGUGCAGUGAAAGCAGCACAAUUACAUGUUGUUUUUAUAGUAAUGUUUUAGCCAAACCAUCAGUACUACUGCUACUGCUGCUGCUGCUGCUGCUGCUGCUGCUGCUGCUGCUCUAGUGACUAUGGUAUGCUGUUGUUACAGGUAGCAAAACAAGUGUUAUAUUCUGCACUUCUAUUAUUUUAAUUUAUUUAGUUGCACAAACUACAUACAGUAGCAUUAGCUGCCAUAACAUCAACUGCUAAUGAACUACUAGCUUCAUUUUAGGAGAAAAGAAAACAUUUCAUAAACUGGUACAGUGUCUACAUUUCACCGAGGGUGUGUGGAAAUAAGUCUUGAGCAGCAGAGGCUUUCAGUGUGAGAAGUCUGUGAAUUGUGUUUUGCAAACACAUUAGCACUUUAGCUAUAAGACAAGUAUUGUCUAGUGUUCAUAAUUUGUGUGUUGGGGACUUUAUUAGCUUUCAACAGCUAUUUCUGGUCUGCGUUUUAUAGUUUUUGCUAAGCUAAACACUGCACUUAGCGCUGCAUAUAGUCAUGUGAUGAACGUUACUAGAGUGUUUCAAAUUUUGUGAUUUUUUUUUCAUAUCCCUCGUUUUGAGAAGAAGUGACAUGUUACCUUUCAAUGCUGACCCUAAUUUAAACCAAAGUAAAAAGAAAAAAAAAGGUUUUUUUUGUAAAUGAUUGUGAAUGCUGGUAAUUGUUGACUCUUACUUUAACUUUUAUUGUGUGUGUUUGUAAUGUUUUUCUGUUGCUUUAUUAUUUUUCUCUUCAAUAAAGUCAACAUGGGGUUUUUCACUAUUCUGGUU